GUUCAAUGGAGUAAUUGCUGGUAUCAUGGAUAUCAAUAGGAAUAAAUAUAGGAAGAACCAGAGGAAAGCUCCGUAGCUUAUUUAUUGGCUGGGCGGAGCAGAGCCGCAAAACUCUCCAGCCGACGGAACGUCCCAAUUCUAUCCUACCGACACUGUUUCUUUCACCCUUUGCGCCAGACGGAGGAUUAUUGGUCUCACCAAAUUUCUAUCGAUAUCGAAGGAUUCGAACUUAUCUGCACCUUCUUUUAUCGUCUUUCUCGCGACAAACCCCCCCCCCCCCCCAAUCCUCCUCGCAAUGGGCAAAUUGACCUCCACGAUCGGUAUCCCGAUUAAGCUUCUUAACGAAGCCCAGGGCCACGUCGUCACCCUGGAAAUCACCUCCGGGGUCGUGUAUCGAGGAAAACUUCUUGAGGCCGAGGAUAACAUGAACGUUCAACUGAAGGAUAUCACGGUUACUGCUCGGGAUGGUCGCGUGUCGCAUUUGGAUCAGGUUUAUAUCCGCGGAAGCCAUGUGAGGUUCUUCAUUGUUCCGGAUAUGUUGCGGAACGCCCCCAUGUUCCGCUCAAGAGGCCAGCGCGGCCGUGGUGUCGGUCUCGCUCGUGGUAAGGCCACCGUGCAGCGUGCCCGGGGCCAACGGAGGGGUUAGAAAAAAAAAGCGGGAAAUAUUCAUAUCUCAUAUUAAUGGCGUUUGAUUUUGCCUUUUUCUUUUUUGUUAUUUUCAUGUUGCCGUUCUAACAUUUUACAUUGGGGCUUUUCCUGAAAAAUCCAUUCCUGGUUCUACAUGGGAUUCUUAUACCCGCGCGUGUUGUGGGACAUUUCUCGUUUUUCUUUUGUUUACGCUGUUUUUUGAGUCGUGGGUUGCUACUGGUGGGUUUUUGUAGAUUAAGGAAAUGGUGAUAAGAUAAAUUUAUUGAUAUGGGAGAUGGUUAUAGUGGAUGAUAGACUCGAGGUUGAUAUCGAGCUACGCUUAGGAUUUGAAUCCAUAUUCUAUACCGACUUAAAGGCAAUAGAGUAAUC